AUGAAUAACAAUGGCUCCUCAAGAAGUGAGGACGACCUACAACAAGGCAAACAAACCGUGGUGUCUGAUGCAUUGGCUAAGAACUCAAGACAACUGCUAUAUGCCCAUCUAUACAACUAUCUAGUGGAGAACCAACUCUAUGAUACAGCUAGGAUCUUGCUAAAAGAAGCUGAUGUCCCAUUAUCAAACCCAUUAGAAAAAGAUGGUAGUUCAAGUGAAAAUAAUGAAGAUGAUGAAGAUCACGAUGAUACAAACCAUGAGAAUAGCAAUGAAAUGAAUGGCAUUGAAACUGACGGCGAUGAUUCUCUACCUGGUGUUAAAAUGUUGAUGACUUCUCCAGAUACUUUUCUACUAGAAUGGUGGCAGUCUCUUUGGGCUUUACAUAGUUAUGUUAAAGAAACUCCAGCUAUUCAUCAUCAACAACAGCAACAGCAACAACAGCAGCAAAUGAAUCCAGCCGCAGCUUUCAAUCCUUAUGCUGCUAAUCAGUUCAUACCUCCUCAGCCAAUUCAAGCUCCAGUCAUUUCAAAUUCAAAUAACUCGCCAAUAGAUUCACCAGCAUCACAACAACAGCAGCAACAACAAGCAGCCAAUAACACCACCAACACCACUAAUCAACAAUCAUUACAAUCGCCUUUACCUCAGUCUGCACAUGGAACACCUCAUCCAGCUCAAUCCAUCACUGCACCAUCUCCCGCACCAAAUGCAAAUAUGAUACCUGUCCAACAACAACAACAACCUCCAGGAAGCGCAGGCCCAACUCAUGAACAUAUAACUCCUCAGAUGCAUCAUAGAACACCAGUCCCUCCACAGCAACAACAACCUCAACCUCAACCAGUUCGUCAAGUUCCAACACCAGGCUCGACAAAUCCAAAUCUUCCACCAUCUGUUGUACAACAAAGACAACAACAACAGCAACAGCCUCCUCAAAACCAAUGGCAAUAUAAUAAAAUGCAACAGCAAUUACAAGCGCAAGAAUUACAACAAAGAGUUCAAAUGCAGAAGAUGCAAUUGAAUAAUCAAUUUAAUUUCCAAAAUUUACCCCCUCAACAACAACAACAAUUUUUCUUACAACAACAACAAAGAUUACAAGCUGCCCAAGCUGCUGCUGCUCAAGCUAAUGGUGGAGGUGCUCGUCCAAAUAUGCCUCAACAACAAAUCCCACAACAAGCUGCUGCACAAGCUCAAUUUCAACAAUUUCAACAACAACAAACUGGUGGUGGUAAUAUUGGAUCCAACGCAGGAACUCCAACUACUCAACAUCCACCUCAAAGGGCAAACCCUCCACCACCUCAACCAAAUGAUCCAAAUAGUGGCUUGAGAGAAUCAAACAAAACAUCUACCACCUCAAGCACAACCAACAUGAUUCCAAAUCAACAGCAGAUGAUGAAUAUGCAAUUAAAGAAUAAUGCUAUGAAAUCAAGAGGUGAAAGUAUAGGUAUAGAUCCAUUACAACCUGCAGUAGUGACAACUGAUCCCUUAAUUAAUCAACAAUUGAUGGAUCUGUUUAAUAAUAAUGGUGGGAAUAGUAAUAACAAUGGGAAUAAUGAAUUAAAUGGAGGGAAUACAAAUCCAAAUCAAUGGCAAAGAAAUGGUAGUGCGGGCAAUUUAGGUAUUGAUGAAUUAAAUGUUGAUCUUGGUGUUGGGUUUCCAAAUGGUGGAUUCAUGAAUGGGUUUUGA